AUGGCGUCGUCCUACAACGGCCCUCAUAAGGUGCAGACUUUCGAGCACUUUGCACAGGAGAGACUCGAUAAGGACGUUGAGUCUAGCACCAGCGUUUCAUCACACGCUAAAGAAUUACCUCUUCGUACGUCCUUGGUUCGAGAUUCAAUGAAGAAGAAAAUCUUCGCAUACAUGGACAAGGGCGACAGAAGCGCAGAUAUCGAACUUGAAAGCGGCCUCUCGCACCCGAGAGUCAAGCAUUAUAGACCCUGUGAUGAAAAGCCCGAAUUGUUCCAAGUCGGCAAGAGCGUCGGAGACAAAAAGGCAAGCAAAAGCACCGCGCCGCCAGGGGACUAA